UUUCUAAAUGUAAACAACAGUAAUCAACCUGGAACAAUUUCUGUCAAACGCUCUCGCCCGCCUAUAAAGCGCAGUGCUCAGCAAUAAAUAUUUGGAUAAAUUCAAGUCUCUUGAUUCAUGCUGUCCCAUUAGGAACUUGGAAAGUGUUUGGACCUGGACCUGGUACCCGCAGUGACGCAAGUUUCACGUGUGGGUGGAGGUUAUGUACUAAGAUGCGAUUAUCAAUCCCACCAAUACACAACAAAAAGAAUGCCGAAGAAAAGCAAAAGAGCUUGCUUUAGACGUGUGAAAAAUCGCAAGAGCAAAGUUCCCACUAGCAAAAGAGGUGACGCUGUGGGAUUUGUUGGCGGCUUGCCUGACACUACGGAACCCAUUCAAAGCAUUGAACUGAGUGGCAAUGAUGAGGCACGUUGCAUUGAUAGAAACCAUGUAUAUGGAUUUGAGGGAGCGUCUAAGGCUCCUGUCAAAGUUGAACUCCAUUCAGAGGCAGAUUUUAUCAGUGAUAGGAACAUACCGCAGUUUUCUGUUUUUUCUAUGGAAAUUGCUAUGGAGGAUGAAGGUGACUUAGCAGAUCCAGCAGAUGUAGUUCAGUCUUCUAAAAAACUACCCAAGAGUGUUGAGGCGGCCGCUACAUUACCUUCAGAUGUAGUUGAGGUUCCACUGUUCGAAUUUAUUGAAGAAGGGAUUCCAUCACCAGGUAUAGCACAAUCGUCUGAGAAUGUACUGUUAAAUGAUGAAGAGGACUCUCCACCAUCAGCGGAUGUAGUUCAGUCUACUCAGGACUUAUUCAGAAGUGUAUUGCCUCCCUAUUGGACUUUACUCGCUGACAAGGAUGGUUACAAUUGCCUUCAACAUUCACGUGGAAGGGACCCUGCUAUGCAAAGGAAUGUUUAUGUGACUCAUGGUGGAACACUGAGGAUUACUGUGCAUCGUAGAGAGCUGCCUGAAGAUAUUGUGAAAGAAGUUACGAAAGACUGGCCUAGUGGGCUGCGUUUGACCUCACAGUCCAGCAGUUAUUUUGUUGAUCAUGUGUUGCGUGUAGUGAUGGCUGUUAGAGCUUAUGAAGUUUGUGUAGGUGCUAGGUCCACAAAGUUUGAAAAAAUGUGGGCUAGUGAAAAGAAUGGUUAUAUAGACUGUAAUCCUUAUGGUGAGGCAAGGUAUACAAAGACAUUUAGGUCCUCAGAAUGUUCUCUUUUGGUUCCUACUCCUAGGUUAUAUUGCAGUGCAUGCUCAAAAGCACAACAUAGGUUUGAAGGAAGGAUGAAGAGACAUUCAGACGGUGUUGCUCGUUCAAACACUGGCCAUCACUAUCUAACUGAAGCACAGAAAGAGUUAAGAUUAGCUAGUCAGUCUAAAAUUAUUGCAAAUUUAAAGAAUCAGUUGCGUAGAGCUGGAGUUACAAAAGAGUUCAUUGAAAAGGAGGAAUCUUAGAUUCUCAAUGUAUGAGGUGGCAUCCAGCCUUGAUUAAAUUGGACCAGUUUUUA